AUGUUUUACACUGUGUUCGACCUGAAUGGGAUGCUGGAGAAAACAAUGAAAGGAGCGGACAAAGCGAUUGUGGCAAAGUCCUUUGGAAAAUGGAAAAGCAGCUCUCUAAGGUCCAGGACCAUGGAGAAGCCGGAUGAGCCGUCCGAUGAGAGCAAGGAGGAGAGCCUAUCCAACUGCACCUGUGAAGCCCCACGACAAGAGAAUGAGUUACAUGCUCACCUCCUGAAAGCCAAGAGUUGCGAGCACAUCGACCGAGGCAGACGUGGAUCUGGCAGCUUACCAAAUACGGUGCCCGGAAAAGUACAGUUAAAGAUGGACCCUGAGGGCGAGGAACAAGCUCUGCACACAUGUAACAGCAGCACAGUGCUGGCCGACUGCAUCGCCGAGACGCCCAGCCCAUAUGGGUCCGUGGCGAGGAAGAGGAGCGCCCAGGAAGGGGUGCAGGGCGCCCCCGUAAACAAGAGAAAGUCCUUGCUGAUGAAGCCGCGGCACUACAGCCCCAGCGAGGCCUGCGAGGAGGAGAGCGAGGACCUGGCAGCGCCACAGGACAAAGAAGAGCUGAGGAACACUGACACUCCAGCAGAUGGAAACCUAAACGCAGUUAACGGAACGGCCAACAGAAACGGAUGCCAUGAUGCAACCGCAAAGUCUCACGAUUCCCUCGGAUGGUCUGAAGUUACAUUAGACGACUCUCCAAAGUGUGAGGCAUCAGAAACCCUGAUGGGCGAGGAGCAGGAAGAGGAGGAGGUGGAGGAGGAGGAGGAGGAGGAGGAGGAGGAGGAGGAAGAGAGAGAAGUGGUCGAUGAAGAGGAAGACCAAAGUCAGGACAGGAUGAGCGCCACGUGUGCUCUGUCUCCACAGAGGAGCCCGUAUGGGAACUGUCCAGAGGCUGAGUGGGAGCCUCUGUCUCUGUCCACCAGGGUGAAUGGCAGCAGCAGCCCCUCCAGAGCCUUGGAGGACCCACGCGGGAGAAACGGCCAGCACGUUGGAGAGGAGGACCCGGAUUCGGAGCUGGGCGUCCCCAUGGGCCCGGCUAGCCUCUUCCGAGCCGAGGAGCUGAGGUACAGGCCGCCCCUCACGGAGGAGGAGGAGGACAGCGAGGGGGAAACGGAGGAGGAGGAGAGGCCACCCCGGCUGGACGGCUGGGCGCUGGGCAUCCACGAGAGAGCCCAAGAGAUGGGCCGGGGCAGGAUGAACCUCAGCCUUCUGGAGCAGGCCAUCGCCCUGCAGUCGGAGCAGAGACAGGCCCUGCACCACGCCUACAGAGAGAUGGACAGGUUCCUCCUCGAGCAGAUGACCAACGAGAGACGACACCACAGACUGAUCGACAUGGAAAACAGAUUGAACUACCAGGGAGGAAAAGAUUCCCCACGCACAGAUAAGAAGGAUAUAAGGUGUCCGACCCCCGGCUGUGAUGGGACGGGACACGUGACGGGUCUGUACCCCCACCACCGAAGUCUGUCCGGGUGUCCACACAAAGUCCGAGUUCCUCCAGAGAUCCUGGCCAUGCAUGAGAACGUCCUCAAGUGCCCUACACCUGGCUGCACAGGCAGAGGCCAUGUCAACAGCAACCGCAGCACCCACCGGAGUCUCUCCGGCUGCCCGAUCGCCGCCGCGGUGAAGGUCUCCAAACCUCAAGACGACGGGCCCAAAUGCAGACAAACGCCUGACCGCUCACCCAGGGCCGUGGGCCUGAUGAAGAAGUUCGAGAUGAGCCAGCUGAACUACAGGCUCGCCCACCCGGCAGCGGCCCUGCAAAGCAGCCUGGGCAAGGACGUGGACAAGUACAGCAAGAUCCGCUUCGAUUACGCCAGCUUCGACGCGCAGGUCUUCGGCAAGCAGCCCCUCAUGGUGACCGGCCAGGACCAGGACGCCUCUUCGCAAUACCCCGACUCGCCUCAGCAGUACUCCGGUUUCCUCGGGGGUCCCCGGGGCCACCUGCCCACAUCUGGUCAGCGCAGCCCGCCGACUCCGUUCAGGAAGGGGGACGGCCUGCAAGCCACGGCGGCCACGGCGGCCAUCCUGAACCUCUCCACCCGCUACCGCAGCAGCGUGGAGGCCGUCGCUGGCCGGCCCCUGGCAACAUCCACAAAGGACAUGCAUAUCGAGGUGGACGAGAACGGCACCCUGGACCUGAGCAUGAAGAAGUGUAAGGAGAACGUCAGAGCCAAGGCGAAGGCGCCUUCGGAGGAGCCGCCGUGCCCUCCCGAGGCUGCGGGCGCCAAGGCGGGCGGCGUGCUCGUCGGCCCGGCCUUCUACCACGGCCUGUGCGAGCGGGACGCCUGGGACAGCCCGUUCCCCAUCAACUUCAGCAAGACACAAGUGGCGCACGACAAAGAGGAGGACUGUGACGAGGUCUCCCUGGAGGACCAACACUACCCCGGCGACGCCGGCAUGGCCGGCCCCAAAGCCAGCCUGCUGCUGCGAGACACAAAGAAAGAACUGAUGAGCUGCCCAACCCCAGGCUGUGACGGCAGCGGCCAUGUUACAGGAAAUUAUGCAUCACAUCGAAGCGUGUCUGGAUGUCCCCUGGCUGACAAGACUCUCAAGUCGCUGAUGGCGGCCAACUCUCAGGAACUCAAGUGCCCGACACCCGGAUGUGAUGGAUCUGGCCAUGUGACGGGGAACUACGCUUCCCACAGAAGUUUGUCGGGAUGCCCCCGUGCCAGGAAGGGAGGCCUGAAGCUCACACCAAACAAGGAUGAGAAAGAAGAACAAGAUAUGAAGUGUCCAGUAAUUGGAUGUGAUGGACAGGGCCAUAUAUCAGGAAAAUACACAUCCCACCGCAGUGCAGGCAGUUGUCCGCUCGCUGCCAAGAGACAGAAGGAGUCCUCCAUCAAUGGACUGGCCUUUCCCUGGAAGGCCAAUAAACAGGAACUGCCCCACUGCCCAUUGCCUGGCUGCAACGGCCUCGGACAUGCCAACAAUGUGUUUGUCACUCACAGAAGCUUGUCUGGCUGCCCACUGAACGCACAGAGCAUCAAGAAAAGGCAGUCAGGGGAGGAGAUGAUGACUAUCAAGCUGAAAGCUAGCAGCGGUGUUGAAAACAAAGACGAAGUUCAGCACUUGGACCACGAAAUAAAAGAACUGAAUGAAUCCAAUCUGAAAAUAGAGGCAGACAUGAUGCAACUUCAAACCCAGCAGAUCUCCUCAAUGGAAUGUAACCUGAAAACAAUCGAGGAGGAGAACAAGAUGAUUGAGCAACACAACGACAGCCUUCUAAAGGAGCUCGCUCGCCUUAGCCAAGCCCUCAUUAACAGUCUAACAGACAUUCAGCUGCCUCAAAUGGGACCCAUCAGUGAGCAUAAUUUCGAAGCCUACGUGAACACACUAACUGAUAUGUACAACAACUCGGAGCAUGAAUACUCUCCGGAGUGUAAGGCCCUCUUGGAUAAUAUCAAGCAGGCUAUUAAAGGCAUCCACGUGUAA